GUUCAGGUUUACAGUAGUCCUAUUGAAGAUGACAGCGUAAAGCUUUAUAAGCCAGAUCACUCUCGUCAUAACCAGACAACUGUUUCAUCCGCUCACAAGAGAAACUAUUAGAUUAAAUCUAGAUCUAGUUAAAAGUUCAAAGUUACAACGAAAAAAAAUAUUUUUUAAAACAGAAAAGAAAUAUUGGUAACAUGUCCUGCUUGAGAAAUUUCGUGUUGGUCAUCCUGUGUCCAGCUUUAUCACUAGCAGCCUUUGGUGACCCUUGUGACGUAGUAACAUCGAGCGACCUGGCAGGCAGUGAUGACCAAGUGAUCAAUGUCACAUUCCCUAAAGAGUGUCUCUUCGGUGCUGUCAAUUGGAACUAUCCAAAGGGCUCUCUCCUUCUCACUCACGCCGAAGCAGCCAAAAACUUUAAGCUGUGCAUUGAAGAAGGUUGGACCGUAGAAAUCUCACGUGUUCAAGAGGUCAAGAAUGGCCAUUACAAGACUCUGCCCCUGCCCACUAAAGAGAAACCAACUUGUACUGAUUCGUCCAACGGAGAAGCUGCUCUCUUGGUCUCAGCCCCAGAGGGUCAAAGAUAUAUGACUAUGUUCAACUACCGCAUUGUCCUUCAGUCCAAGGGGGGCAACAAACAUUAGCCUCACUAGAAGAGUAACUGCCCUGUCUACUGGAGCGUUUUUAUUAUGUUAUUAAAUUAAUUAUAAUAUUAGUUCAAGUAAAAGUAAAUACCAUUUAUAACAUGAGCACAUGUUUCACUAUGUCACUUCACAUUUAUAACUUUGUUUCAUUACUUUGUAUAACGUUUAUAACUGGAGCACACGUAUCAAUACAUGCAUCAAUUAGAACGUAAACAUCCAUUUAACUACAUAUUUUCACAUGUUUCAAAUGAACACAUAUUUAUAUCAUACUUACACAUGUUAAACUUCAACGCAUACUUCACUAAAUCAUAUGAUUUCAUAGCUCGAACACAAGUCUCACUAUAAACUCUACCAUAUAUAACAUAAACACAUGUCUCGCUUCUCUACCUCAAUAUGUUGUAAACUCAUUAAGAUGUAUUACAGUCUUAAUUAAACUAAUUAAAUUCGUUUUAAUUUACAAAAAGAUA